AUGCCCCAGGCCAACCCCCUCACUGUCAACCUUGCCGGAUUAUGCGUCGAGGGCACCCUCUACGGCAUAUUCUUCACACUAUUCGUUCUAUCCUCAGCCCUCCUUAUUUCUAGGGCUCGUAAGACCUCUCCUCACGCAUCGAUAUGGUCUAUCCUGUGCACACCUCUCAUCGCCGGGUCUCUCGCUAUGUUUGUUGCCAUCACAGUACAUUGGGUCAUUGAAGGCGCACGUCUCGUUCAGGCUGUGAACUCUCCCGAAGGCCCCCUGAUAUUUUACUUGGAAUGGAGCCAACCAACAUUCGUUGCUGAGAUGGGAUUUUUUAUCGCUGCAGCCGUGAUCGGGGACGCUCUCAUUAUAUAUAGAUUGUGGGUCGUUUGGAACUACAGGAAACUCGUGGUCGUCUUCCCUAUCCUAGGUCUCGUGGGCCUUCUUAGUGCGUUCUCUCUUACCACUCAUAGAUAUUACGAGGGUCGCUUAUCAACCUCUGCGUUUCCCGAAUCAGCUUGCGGAAUUGGCCUAGUUCAGGAAUUUCCUCAGCUGGAAACGGGAGCGGGUAUUUUCCAAUCAAGUGCAGCAAGAUGGGCUACUCCCGAUUGUGUGUUCACCAUCUGCACCAACGUUUAUUGCUCUGCAAUGAUCGCUUACAAGUUGUGGUUGGUCGACUCGAGAUCGCAGAAAUAUGGUGGACCAAGUCUCGGUGGAGUCCUUGCCAUAGUCGUCGAAAGCGCCACUUUCUACACGGCUUGGGCACUCGUCUUCUUCGUAACAUAUCAAACACACCAAAACAUAUGCUUCCUCAUCGUGAACUGCUGGCCCGCCGUCUCAGGCAUUACAUGCAUGAUGAUUAAUGUGCGCGCAGGCCUUGGGUGGGCGCUUGAGGGAACAAACAGUAACUUGAACACCUCUACAGUAAACGCCAGCCGCGUUGUGUUUGAGGGUAUUGGAGAUUCUAAUAGCAAGGCGUACGUCAUGAACCCUUUAGCAUCUGAUUCAACGAAUGGCGAUCAGAGUGGUUAUGUUGGGGCUUUGAGGAAGUCGCGCCAGUUGGCUAUUAAUGUGCAGCAUACCCACACUAUGCAUGCCGUAUAA